AUGAAGUAAACCGAUAUAAAAGAAGACAACAGCAGUAAUUCUAGUAAAGAUACAACUGAUAUAGAGGCAAACACUUUUUCAAUUCUCAAAAAAAUUAACGUCGAUAAUAUAGCUCCUACAGACAUUAUGCAGUUUUAUCUAUGGGAUAUUUCACCUUCCUAAAUAAAUGCUUCACUUUAUCUUUCGAAAUAAGGCAGUUAAGAGCAUCAAGGCUAGAUGGAAAAAAUGAACAGUGAUUUGAGCUUUAGCAGGCCUUUAUCACUGCCAUAUUACAACAGUGGAAACAAUGAAAACAUUUUGUAAAGAUAGUUCUCUAUCAGCAUCGAAACGAAGAGUAGCAAUAAAUUUAGAUUCUCUCGCAUUAAAAAAAGCGAUUAAUUAGAAGACUGCUUACCUAUUUAAGAAGAGGACGAAUAAAGCAGAAAAAUUUGGAUUCUAUACAGACUCUACGAAAUGCAGCUCAAUUUAAAUGAUGCUGAACAAUACCUAAUGAGAAUUGACUUAAUGAAUAGCCCAAAAGAAUACAUUUUGCAAUAAACUGUAGAAUACUGUCUUUUAAUUAAAGAAAUGCAUUUCAAAAUAUGGAGUCAAUACUACUCUAAAUAAAGCGGAUAGCAGAGCUCUAAAUAUAUUUUUCCAUAGUUUUUAAUGAAUAAUAAAAAGUAAAAUGAGUCUCUACCAAUAUCUAAAUCGUCUUCGCAUUCGCACUUUUAGUCUAUGACUUCACCCAAAAAUUUCAAAUAAAUCUAAAUGUAGACUUAUUGUAAGCAGUUUAAAAGAGAAAACUCUCUACAAAAUUCAAUAAAUUUCACUAGAAAGUUGAUUAUAGAUGGAAUGACUUGCUCGAUUUGUUGUGAUGAGAAUAUAGAUACUUCUUUCAUGAUUCAAGCAUCCAGCGAAUGCAAGCACAUAUUUUGCUAAAGUUGUCUCUAUUUGUAUGCUUAGACUUAAAUAGAAAAUGGAAAUGUUUCAAGCCAAGGUAUUUGUUGUCCUUAGGAAAAUUGUUCCGCCAUAUAUUAAAAUGCUGAAUUAAGGACUAUAGUUCAAUAAGAUCCAAAGUUAUAUAGUAAAUAUUUGAGAUUCAAAUCUAUUUCCUAGCUAAAACUUGAAAACAGUAUUUUAUUUUGUAUAAAACCGGAUUGCCAAGGAUACAUGAUUUAAAAACCAGACUGUCUAAAUUUGGAAUGCUCUGUUUGCAAGAGUGAGAUAUGUUCAAGAUGUUUUACUUUUUGGCACUAAGGUUUGACAUGCUAAGAUGCUUUGCUUAUAAAGUAUGGUGAAAUGAAAAGCAAUGAAAUUCAAUGCCCUAAAUGCAGCAACACUGUGCAGCAAUACGCUAGGCACUUGAAGAAAGAUAAAAUUUAUUGCACCUGGUGCCACCAUAAAUUUUGUAAACUUUGUAGAUAAGAAGCUACUUACUUACAUUAUAACAGAUAUAACUGCUUAGGUAGAUGUGGAAAAAAAUAAUUUUUACCAAUUUCUAUCCUGCACUUGAUAUUAAUGACUUUAAAAUACCUAUUUCUAUUCAUAAUUGGUUGCUUAAUAUAUCCUAUCUAUCUUAUUGCUAUGGGAAUUUGUCUUCCCUUAAUUUUCUAUUUCAAUUAUAAUGAAUCAACUUUCGGUUCCUAUCGUAUGAUUAAAAUACCUCUAUUGAUUACGAUUGGAAUUAUAUUUUUCCCUAUAUGGGUGCUCCUCUCGAUAGCUCCAGGCACUUGUAUAUUAAUUAAUAAAACAAAACACAACAUGCUCAUGCAAAAUCAACCAGAUGAAAAUGAUGACUACUAUUGA